ACUGUGAGUGGUAAGAUGUCUGAUUCUGAGUCAUGUGGAGAUGCGGUCGGUGAAAUUCCUUCCACGGAUAAGCAGAUGAUAUUUGCGAACUUGCUGCGUGAGCACAGCAUUUUGCUUAGCAAAUCUCAAGUCCCAUCCGUUAAAGAAAAAAAGGCAAAAGAAAUGCCGACCUUUGUAGAAGAAUAUGCGAAAGCGACUGGCGUAUUGCUGUUGGAGAAACAGGCAUGGAAAAAGAUCAACAACAUGAAGAAUGAUGUGAAGGGGAAAUCUGAUGCUCGCCGGACUGGGAACAAACCAAUUAUAUUGAAGGAUUAUGAAAAGGCCUUUCUUGACGUCCUUCAAGUGGAAACCAAUCCGACAUUCAGCUGUGUAAAAGGAGCAAUGUCAGUCGGAAUCCACGGAAAACCGCCUCAACCUUCAUCUUCAACCGCCAGCUCUUCUUCUCCAAAGAAUGUAUUCGGACCCUCCAAGAUCCCGCCGAGACCUGCCAAGAAACUAAAGGUUAAUUCAGUGUCUUCAGUGGAAACACAGGAAACCGGGGACCUGUCGACACCAGAGCUGCAGCGGCUUGUGUUACUUGAGCAGCUGAAGCUUAUACGGAUGCAGCAACAAGAGAUUCAGCAACAGCCAGCUAAAAGUCAAGAUACCUCGAAUUGA